AUGGCUGAAAGGAAACUACGAUCGAAAGAUGAACGUAAAACGCCAAAUGCUGCAUUGUUCAACUUUGAAAAUAUCAACCGCUUACUCUACAGAGACCAAACUAUUCCAAUUAUAACGAAAAAGGUGAAUGACAACUUGUAUAGAUACACGGGUACCACAACACAUCCACACACUACAAACAAGACGAGAGAUGUAGUGAUACGUGAGAUUCUUGUUCCUCGGAAAUCAAAGGGUAAGGAGGAUAUUCUCAAUGACCAAGUGUAUGAGACUUUCCAUCGACGGAUGAAGAAGGAGGAACGUAAGAUGGGGAGUCUGGAUCGUCUUAGAAUCCUUUCAGAGGUGGACACUUUACAGACCCUGUUACUGCUUCUUGGACAGUACGAUUGGGUACGUCACUUACCGGGGAUCACUCAGAUCCGCGAUCCUCAUAAUUAUCAAGAACUUGAAUACAAGCGCGUAUUGACAAUGUAUGAGAUACGACGGUUACUUCGGAAAUAUGAAAGUUGGAAAAAACGUGAUGAUGAAUUACUUGCAGACGUACGCGAUUUCCAUCUGGGUAGAGAGGCUCCAGGGCCGGGGACUCCUCGGGAGGAGUUCUACGUACCAUUGGAUGAACUUAAACGAGAACGUAAUGCCCAACGUAGGAAAAAGUAUGGACUGACAAUAACGCUUAAGCUCAACAAUGGCCUUGCCUUGGUUAUAGAUCCAAUCUUGCCACCCAAAUUCAUUAAGGUGGCUAUGAGUGGUCUGACAAAUAGUCUGAAAAGGGGAUCUGUAGAGCCUUUGGCCAGUGAUUUACAGACUGUAGAUACCGAUCACUCGGAGACGGAUAUCAACAACACUGUUACCACAGAAGAAUCCACUAUUGCAUUUGGGGCAAAGGUUCCCGAGUUAAAACAACAUAUAUUCACAAUACCGCUGUACUGGAGGCUGCAGUCCAAUGCAUGGAAACACGCCCGUACAGAACUCCGAGCUGACAUCGAGGCACAGAAAGAAAGUCUAAACAAGUAG